UCUUCCCCACAGUUUCGGUUUGGAUCACUGCGACAGCGCUGCAGGGCCUAUAAUUUUGGAUACAGUGGAUUAGCUCUUCCUGAAUCUUUCAAUUGGCCAGCUAUGUCUAACAGUCUUGUGGGUGAUGUCUACCGUGAUGUCAUUGAGGAUGUGAUCAAUGCGUCCCGGCUCGACUUUGAGGACUCAGGAAUCAGCGAAGAGACCCUUCGGGAGCUACAACUGUUGUGGCAAGAACGGCUCUCGCUCGCGGGUGCGGGCAGGUUUCCCUGGGAUCCGGAACCAGUCCAUGAUCCCGAGCCGCAGAUUCAGAUGCCAGGGCAGCAGCAGUAUCAGCAACAGCAUCAACAACAGCAGCAGCAGCAGCUUGGGGCUUUGGGCGACAACGUUCAUGUCAAGUACGAGGUAUCCUCACCGUCUGGAAACAACGCUUCGAUCUACGGCAGCAACAUGAUCAACUCACAAGUGCCCCAGCCGUUUUCCAACCCGGCAAUGGCAGCUAUGCGCGCAGCCCAGCACAUCCAAGAAUUCGCCCGGGACGAGAAAGUGCCGACUGAGAUUGCCAAUGCUAGUAUCGAAGGCGUGAUGAAGCGAGCGGGUCUGGAAGACAACAACGGUGACGGACUCGGGGGUGGAUUAAUGCUUCCUGGAGGUGGAAGAAUUGCACAGGUAGAUGGUGCGACACACAAUAUUGAAGAAGGGAUGAGCACAGCAGACGUUGAUCGGCUGCUAGAGCUACACAUUCUCAAGCGAAAGACGAAACAGUCGGAUUCUACGUCAGAAGCAAAAGAGGAUCCAUCGAUACCAUCAGGCAUAUCUAUCAAGCGUUCACGAAAAUCAAGGGAAAUCACAUUCACAAUCUGCCAAGCUGACGGUCCUAUGGAUUCUGAUUCCGACGAAGACGAAGACGAGGAAGACGACGACGACCUGGGUCUUGGUUCCACUUCGGCCGCCCGCCGAAAGGCAGCUGCCAACGCUGACGACUCUGAUGCGAUCAAUUCCGACCUUGACGACUCGGAAGACGAGCUGAACUCGAACGACGAAGACGACAGCGAAGAAAGCGGUAUGCUCAUGCUUUGUCUCUACGACAGAGUUAGCAGGACGAAAAACAAAUGGAAGUGCGUGCUCAAAGAUGGAGUCGUCAAUGUGAAUGGCAAGGACUACAUUUUUGGGAAGGGAACCGGCGAGUACGAAUGGUGAGAGAACAACACCACCACCGAAAAUAACUACAGCGUGAAAAACUACCAUAAAGAAGCAACAGUCUUCUUGGCCACAACAUACCUAUCUUAACGAUCAAAAAAAAGAGUAACGACAACUAUCCUUUUCUUACUUAUCCUCACUCUCCUUGCUUCUUUAGACACGGAUGGUUUUUUUCUUUUUACUGAUGCUCGACUCUCAUUAGUUCAUCAUUGUGUUUACUUUUGUAUUUUUCUCAUGCAUAAAAUUGGAAUUGGUUCAACUAUGAUCG